AUGGACGAAAGUGAUAAUCACGAUAAUAUUUUGAAGCAACCCAUCAAAGAUGAGAAUUCCAUUUUGAAGAAUGUAGAGCAUGCUGAAUGCGUGUUAAACUACACUAGUGAAUUUACCACAUAUGAGAUAUUUAAAAGCAGAGAAACAAUGAUUGAUUGGGCACGUGAUGUUGGCAAGAAAAAUGGUUUUGUUAUAAUUGUGAAAUAUUCAGAUUCUGGUGGCGGUCGUUGGACACCAAGAAUUAAACUAGUGUGUAAGAGGAGUGGAAAGUAUAGACAAAAAAAUAAGGUGAAAGUUUAUUCUCAUGAUGAGAAUGCUAGGAUGACCGGGACCAAAAAGUGUGAUUGUCCAUUCUUGCUAAAGGGUAAAAAGUUAAGCACUAACAACGAUUGGAUGUUGCAUGUAGUAUUUGGAGUGCAUAAUCAUCCAGCUACGGAUCAUCUUAAGGGGCAUUCAUAUUUGGGGAGAUUAUCACACCAAGAAUAUGAAUUGUUGGUGGAUAUGUCUAAGAGUAUGUUGAGACCAAAAGAUAUUUUAGUUACUUUGAAACAGAGGAAUCCGUUGAAUAUAACGACAAUGAAGACAAUUUAUAAUGUGCGUCACAGAUUUAAAGUAAAAGAGAAGGCCAGAAGAUCACAGAUGCAACAACUGUUGGGGAAGUUAGCAGAGCAUGAAUAA